AUGCCUGUUCGGUUCGCACGUCACUCUGAAGUCGACGUUCUCAUUAUUGGCGCUGGCCCUGCUGGUCUCAUGUGCGCGAAUGCCCUCGCAAAUGCGAGAGUGAAUGUCCGCAUCGUCGACCAAAGGGCCUUCAAGAUAACUGCCGGUUAUGGCGAUGGAAUUUCACCUCGCACUAUUGAACUGCUGCAGAGUUAUGGACUUGCAGAGCGCCUUCUAAAGGAGUGUUCGCAAAUCCAUCUAGCAGCAUUCUACAACCCUUCUUCGACCGGCGGUAUAGAGCUUACCAAAAGAACAUCAAACAUAACAGCUCCGUCUGCAAGAUACCCAUUCGAGGCUGCGCUCCAUCAAGGAGCCAUUCAAGACAUUUUCUUAGAUUCCAUGUCAUCGCUUGGCGUUGAGGUCGAACGAUCGACCAUGCCAACUUCGAUAGAGCUCUCUAAGAAUGAAGACGAAUUGACGGAUCCUACGUCAUAUCCAGUUUGCGUUGUGCUCCAAAGGCUAGACCAAUCCGAGGAUGAACAACAAGAAAUUGUCCACGCUAAAUUUGUUAUUGGUGGUGACGGCGCUCACUCAUGGACCCGCAAACAGUUCGAUAUCACGAUGGAUGGAGAACAGUCUGAUGCCAUCUGGGGUGUCGUGGACUUUGUUCCCGACACUGACUUCCCGGACGUCAGGAAUAAGUGUCUUGCACAAUCUAACUAUGGCUCGAUGUUUCUCCUUCCUCGAGAAGAGGAUCGCGUUCGCGCAUAUGUCCAACUGGAAGACAGAGAUGUCAUCAAUCCAGUGACAGGCAGGGUGGACAAGGAUAGAAUGGGUCCAGAGGAAAUUCUUAAAACUGCCCAGAAAUCGCUCAAACCUUACAAGCUUAUCCGGAAGAGUGAAUUUUUGUGGUGGACGAUAUAUAGCGUUGGACAACGAGUGGCCUCGAAGUUUUCUAUCACAAAUAGAGUAUUUAUCGCUGGUGAUGCUUGCCACACGCACUCUCCGAAAGCAGGGCAAGGAAUGAACGCGAGUAUAAACGAUAGUCAUAAUCUAGCCUGGAAAAUUGCCCAAGUUGUUCGUGGGUGGGCAGACAUUUCCCUUUUGUCAACGUACGAAUCAGAGCGCCGUAAAUUCGCAUUAGAACUGAUCGCGUUUGAUAAAACGUGGUCCACCCUUGUGUGCGAGAAGCCCUUGACUGAACAGAACAGCGAUGGAGUUUCGUCCGAACAUGUCUUGAAGACUUUCCAAACAGAUUUCACCAGUGGAAUCGGGAUACAUUAUCACCCUUCAGUUGUAGUAAAUGACACAUACCAGGAGCUGGCUAGUGGUCUCAUCCUCGGCAAACGCGUCCCUCCAUACAAAUUCAUGCGGGCAGCAGACGGACGGCCAUUCGAGCUCCAGGACCUGCUUCCUUCAGACUCCCUCUUCAAGUUACUUGUGUUCACCAGUGAAUUCAGCGAUCCGCUUCAGCAAGCGAGGGUCGAGUCUAUGGUUGCGGACAUGCAGAAACCUCAGAGCUUCCUGAACCGUUACGCGACCCCUGGGGACUCGCGAUUCGACGUCAUCACGAUUUGCAAAGACCGGAAGGACAAGUUUGACUUCUUGCAGCUUCCUACGCUUCUUCGCUCUCAUUGGUCAAAGGUAUUUGUCGAUGACACCGAUCCCACCGGUAGCUUUGGGGGAGAGGGUUACUCGUAUUUUGGAGUGGGACCUGAGGGUGCGCUUGUUGCUGUUCGUCCUGAUGGCUAUGUUGGAGCCAUCGCGCCACUGGAUCGCGUUGAGGUCCUUGAUGCGUAUUUCGCGUCUUUCAUGAAGAUUACAGCUUAGGCUCAACAACGAAGAUUGUUCCAAUACUGCUUCGCUAUUUCAACACAGCGCUAGUUCUUAGGAUGUAAUUCUUUCAGCACAUACCCUCUCACAUCAUACUUAUUCACGCAUGGACUAUUCUUUAUACUUUUCUGGAGAUAAGCCACCGACGUAGAGGCGAUGGCGAUUCACAC